AUGAGAGGAAGACCUCCAGUAGCUCCAACCCAACAUUUUGAUCUCCCAGAAGAAGACGAAGAAGCCCAAGACACCGUUACUCCAAUAGGCCACGCCCACGCUCAUUUGCGUCGCAAUAUGGACUGCACUCCUCUUGAUUGGAGACAAUACUUUGACGAAUUGAUCUGGUUUGGGCCAAUUCCUAUCUAUAAAGCAGGCACUUCAGGCCCAGUCUUCUUAGCUUUACACGGUGCUGGGCUUUGUUCAUUUGGCUAUGCCUGUGCAGCAAAACUGCUUAAAAGUGACUGUCGCUUUUUUGCGUUUGAUUUUAGAGCUCAUGGACACAACCAGUUAUCAGAAAGUGAAUACCAGCUAGACGUAGAUACCUUAAUAAAUGAAACUUUAUCAGUUAUGGACUAUAUCCGCAGCAUCACAGACAAUCAUCAAAUUAUCCUUGUAGGACACAGCAUGGGCGGGGCUAUAGCUUCAAAAGCUGCAUUAGAAGACCAUAAGCGAGGAAAAGGCGUAAUGGGACUAAUUGUCCUUGACGUAGUAGAAGGCUCAGCAAUAGACGCAUUGCCUCAUAUGGACAAUAUUAUUAGUCAACGCCCAAGGACUUUUCAGUCACUUGAACAAGCUAUUCAAUGGGCUGUGAACUCAAAUACAGUCAAAAAUAUAGAAAGCGCAAGGAUUUCAAUGCCUGCACAGGUGGUUGAGGAAAAUGGAAUUUGGAGGUGGAGGACUGAUUUGGCUAUGACCAGGCAGUAUUGGGAAGGAUGGUUCCGAGGAAUGAAUAAUGCGUUCUUAGGAGUUGUCGGGCCUAAGCAGCUGAUGAUUGCAGGAAGUGACAGAACAGAUCGCCAAAUGAUGAUCGCCCAAAUGCAAGGGAAGUUUAAACAUACUGUCUUGUUUGGCGUUGGACAUACAGUCCAUGAAGACGCACCUGAACAAUUUGCAGAACAAGUUCGAAUUUUUAUAAAUACUUUUAAAAUUAAUUUCACUAUUAAUUUUCCUUAUUUUUUACUAUAAAUUCCACAAUAAAAUCAAUAUAAAACGAUAUAUCAACUUUUAAACUCAAAUAA